AUGACAAAGACAGUCCAAAUCGACGCACACACCACCGUCCCCGUCCCCGGCUUCGGCGCGAUGGGCAUGUCCGCAUUCUACGGCCAAAUCAACGACGACGAGUCGAAAGCUACUCUGCGCAAAGCGAUCGAGAUCGGAUGUACGUGCUGGGAUACGUCGAGCAUGUAUGGGUGGGGACAUAAUGAGAAGAUUAUUGGUGAGGUCUUGAAGGAGGGGGACAACAGGAAGAAGGUCUUCCUCAUCUCCAAGUUCGGCAUUAAGCAAGACGGCAAAGGCGGGAUGGUCGUUGACGGCUCGCCUCAGAACGUCAUCGACGCGCUCGAUCAGUCUAUCAAAGACUUGGGCGGCCUGUACCCCGACGCGUACCUCCUUCACCGCGUCGACAAGAAUGUCCCGAUCGAGGAGACCGUCCGGGCGCUCGACGCCCUCCGCAAAGAAGGCAAAACGAAAUACAUCGGUCUCUCCGAAUGCUCGGCCGCGACCCUCCGUCGCGCCGCCAAAGAAGCCCAGAUCGACUUCGUCGAGAUCGAGUACUCGCCUUUCGAGUUGGUUAUGGAGAGGAAUGGAGUUCUUGAGGCGUGUAGGGAGUUGGGGGUAAAGGUGUUGGCUUAUUCGCCGCUUGGGAGGGGCUUCCUCACCGGCCGCUACAAGAAGCCCGAAGACUUCUCUCUCGCCUCGGGCGAUUACCGCGCCGCCUUCCCGCGCUACACGAAAGAGAACUUUGACCGCAACUACAAGAUCGUCGAGGAACUUGAGCGCCUGGCGGAAAAGAAGGGAUGCAAGUCGGGCCAACUUGCUCUCGCUUGGCUCAUGGCUCAAGGGGACAACAUCAUCCCCAUUCCGGGCACCAAGAGCGAGAAGUACCUCAUCGAGAACUUCGCAGCGAGGGAGAUCGAUCUCUCGGCUGAGGAAGUUGCUGAGAUCCGCAAGGUGUGCGAGGAGAAUGCACCGGUGGGCGAUAGGUAUCCCGAGUCGGCGAUGCACACGCUCGACGGGUAG